AUGGAAGACAUAGGCAGUCAAUCUUUCAAUGAAUUGUUGAGAAGGUCAUUCUUCGAAAAAGUAGAUGGUCAUGAUGAUCAAUUGUUUUCUAUGCAUGAUCUAAUACAUGAGACUAUAAGGGCAGGCAAUAUAUCUAAUGAAGUUCAGCAUCUGUACAUUGACGGAAACACUUUCUUCAGUAAUGAACAUGAAUAUCUGAAUCUUCAAACAGUAAUUGUCGAAGAGAAAUCAUGCGACAACAGUCCUACAUUACUCGAUUUCAAUCUUUUGAGGAACCUGCGCUUGCUAGAGUUGAAAUCUUGUCAGAUAUUCGAGUUACCAGAUUUUAUUGGCAAUCUUAAACACCUCCGAUAUCUUCAUCUUGAAUGCAACCAAAUCAAGAGGCUGCCAGAAUCAAAGUCUUGUUCAGCUCCCAAAAGGCAUCGGAAAACUCACGAAUCUCCGGCAUCUCAAACUAGAACAGUUAAGUUAAGCUUGAAUGGAGACAUGAAUCAAUGCGGAAUUGCUGAGCUAAAAGAUUUGGUGAAUCUCAGGGGGAAACUCUGCAUUUCAGGACUCAAAACUGUGACCAAUCUGGAGGAUGUCAAAGAAGCAAAUCUCUGGAGCAAGAAACACAUUAAAGAGCUGAGACUUGAUUGGAAUGGUUCAGAUCAUCAAUACAAUGAUUCUGAUUCUUCUUUUCAAGAACUUCAAGAAAGUGUUCUAGAGAGCUUGAAACCUCACACCAACCUGACUAAAUUGGAGAUAUACAACUACAAUGGUGCUAAAUUUCCUGCCUGGCUUGCUGAUCCAUCCUUCUCCAACUUAACUACAAUUAUUCUCAUUCAAUGUCUUAAUGACAAAUGUGAGUUCCUGCCACCAUUGGGACAGCUUCCAUCUCUUACAUCACUAGAUAUUCAGAAAAUUCACGGCAUUCGGUAUAUCUGCCGGGAUAUUUUCCAAUCACUGGUUGAACUGAAGUUGUGUCAUUUGUAUGGAUUGGAUACUUGGAAUGGGGAUUUUCCGAUGCUUAGAAACCUAACAAUUGAGAACUGCCCCAAACAGAAGCAACUGCCAACAUUUCCCUCCCUUUCCAGUUUAAACCUCUGGGGGCUUGACCAGCUGAACACCAUCAUGAGCCUACAUGAUUUUGUUUCUCUCAAACAUUUGACUGUAAAACAUUGUCCUGAACUCUGGCUUUCACCCAUUGCUCAAGGUGAUCAGCUACCUCCUGGUCUUCUUCAAUCCCAGGACAUUGAAAUCAGCGGUUGCCCAGGGUUGCAUGAGUGGUGCUGCGAGCAUGGAGUUCUUAACUGGAUUAGUUCUCAAGAAGAGAUGAUAUUUGAAUCAAAGUUCCAAAUUGGUGCUGAGUUCUAUGAUGACAAAAAGUGUCUGCAUUGUUCCAUUUCCUUCACCGGAGACACUGGAGUUCAAUGGAUUGCACAACCGACAGGGAUUGAACAGAGUAGGACUGCAGCAGCUUGCAUCACUUUGAGGUUUAAAGCUUUUGUGCUAAUACUCCCUGAAGCUCUGCUUCUCACUUGA